AUGCCUCUCAACUUCAUAGCCAUGUUGUAUCCAAAGCCAGACCGGGUCGCACGGGUCGAAGAAAUCGCUCGGCAAGUGUGCGAGUCGGUGCACGAGAAGGAACCGGGCGUCCUGAAAUACCAGUGGUUCCGGGCCGGAGGCACAGACAAGCCCCUGAUCGUGGUUUGGGAAACGUACCUCGACCAGGCCGCCGUUGACGCACACACAUCGAGCCCCGUCAUGGCUUGGCUCGUGGAAAACGACAAGAAGGAAGAGAACAUGGCGGCCCCAAUAACCGUCAUGCCGCUGGAGCAAUUCGCGGGUUGGGAGAACCGCUCAUGA